GAGGAGACGAGGAGAAGAUAGAGAUAGGGAUAGUGUUAGUUGUCAACGUCAAACGAUUGAUCCGGGUCCGGCACUAGACGAACAGCGGCUUUUUCUGCAACUGCAACCGAAAAUCGUACUCUCAAACUUGCAAAGCAGUUCAAUUUUAUGCAGAAUGGCCUCCCAAGCUAAGCUUCGUGAGAAUGUUGUCGAUGGCAACAAGCUGGACCUUAGCAUGUCAAGCCUCACUGAGGUUCCAGUCAAGGAUAUAGGUGCAAUAAAAAAGGCUACGAGUUUGGAUUUAUCUAACAACCAACUGACCAUCUUACCGCCGUCUUUUUGUACAUUGACAUACCUUAUAGAGUUGGAUUUGAGCAAAAAUUUGUUGCGAGAACUACCUGAAUCCUUUGGUAGCCUAACAAACCUGAGACGUUUAGACUUGUAUGGAAAUCAGCUCACUCAUUUGCCCUUAAGCUUUUGCCAUCUAAAGGCACUUCGUUGGCUGGACCUAAAAAACAACCCCCUUGUGCCAACAUUAGCUGAUAUUGCUGGCCCCUGUGGAGACACUCAGCAGUGUCAACAAUGUGCUCGUAAUGUAGUAGCAACUCUAGCACAAACUGCUAUUAAGGUGGAAGAGGAUAGGCAGAGAUUGCUGCAGGAGAAAUUACGAGAGCAAGAACAAAUUGAGCAGGAAUAUUUGAUGAAAAAGAAGCAGCUUGAUUCAGAAGACAAAAAGUCCAAGAAAAAGUCCAAAAAGGGCAAAAUUGAAAAACAAGCACAAGUUAGCGCUGAAACAGUUAAAACAUCUGUACCACAGGCAACUGAAGGCAAACCAAAGCAGUCACAAAAACACCCCAAUAAAAUUCAAAAGCCAACCGGUUUCUUAUGUGGUAUUUUAUUACAUAUAUUCCGAGCCUUUCUUCUGCUGUGUGCUCUAGCGUUGGCCGUCUUUGUAGGCAGUGUUCUUUUUGCUGCUUAUGAUCGCAAAUGGUUCUUCGAGAUUGCAAGGAGUUACAACUUCAUACCAGAUGAUCUCACCAGUUUUAUAUUGUUCUUUGGGAGACAAGUUGAGUACACUCUCAAGCACCCAACUGUCAAGGAAAUGAAAUCCCAACUGACAGCAUGCUUUCAAUCAAUAGUAGCCAGUAUUCUGCACAUCUAUAAAACGAUAUGCCAAGAAUUUCCUGCCUACUACGAUGUGAUUAAAAACAGAUUUUCAUGAAAACUUACUGGCACCAGCUACAGCUACUCUUCAUAACUGAACCUUUCUGCACUGCUGUUCGGUACUGUUUUCCUUAGAUACUGCAUUCAUCAACAAGCUGCAUGAGAUCAUGUUUAAAUUACUAAGUAACAAUACAAGAAAAUUUUAUUGUGAAAAAUAAAAAUUUGUCAAAUUGGUGAAAUAAACAUGAACUACGGA